AUGUCUUGGUGGAGCAAAGAAAAGGAGGAGGAGGAGGAGAUGCCAGAGGAGGAGGCCGAAGAGCUGGAAGUGGUAGAAGAGGACACAGAGGAAGAGAACAUAGUCUCCUACAUCACCCUUUCUCCUCAGACGUCCAGCACAGAGCAGGUCCAAGAGCUGAACAAAGCAGAGGAGAACUGGUUCUGGGGCUGGCUGUCGCCAUUCUCCAUCUUCUCCAGAUUGACCAAGGAGGCAGACAGGAAGACAUCUCAGCAGGAGCCCAUCUGUUGCCUGCUGGACAAGAAGAGGCCCCCAGGCAACACAUGCUCCGAGUGCGAGAUCCUGUUCUGCAGGAAAUGUGAGGCGCUGCACUACAACCCGAGUUUCAUAGAGCACUGCAUCCUGGGCCAUGGCAAGGAGGAGCCAGAGGGCAGGCGUUCAGGCCUCAUCAGCCCCAUUCUGAGCGCAGAUUCCAUCAACCUGGCUGUCACUCCAGGGGGAACAGAAGAUGAAGAAAUGGAGAGAAAAUGA